AUGCUCAAGUUUACGUUGAUCGACAACAAGAUCGAGGUCUGCAGCGUGCCGAAGACACGACCGGCGUACCUCAACCGGCAGCUCGUCACGCUCUUGCUGACGCGGGUACCUCGGACAACGCAAUAUCUGCGCGUCGCCGACAAGACACUGCGGGAGGCGACGGCGGCGCUCGACAUACUUCAAGCUGAUCGGCGCCAUUGGAUUGGCUAA